AUGGCUAAAGAAAAUGCUACAAUAAUUGCCGUUGAUAAAAAUGAGCAAAAAACAAAUCAUUCUGCCUUUAAAAUGGAUAUAACAAAAUCAGAAAAUAUACAUAAUGUUGUGAAGAAAAUUCUGGCAUUGUAUGAGAAGCCGCCUUCAAUUAUAGUAAACUGUGCUGGAAUAACUAUGGAUAGUUUUAUGAUUAAUAUGUCUGAAGAUUCAUUUGAUAAAGUAAUUGAUGUUAAUUUGAAGGGGACUUAUUUAAUAACUCAACAUUUUGCAAAACUUUUACUCGAAAGAAAUAUUACUGGUUCAAUAGUAAAUGUCGGAAGUAUCAUUGGGAAGAUUGGCAACAUUGGUCAAUGUAAUUAUGCUGCGAGUAAAGCAGGAGUGGAAUUAAUAACAAAAACUGCUGCUAAAGAAUUUGGUAGAUAUGGGAUAAGGUGCAAUGUUGUGCUUCCUGGAUUUAUUCAAACUCCUAUGGUUGAAACUGUGCCAGAAAAGGUUAAAGAAAUGUUUUCUAAACAAAUAGGGUUAAAACGUUUAGGACAGCCAGAAGAAGUCGCAGAAGUUAUCACAUUUUUAGCUUCUGAUAAAAGUUCUUAUGUAAAUGGUGCAAGUAUCGAAGUAACCGGAGGUGGAUUAUAA